GGAAACGUAAAUACAUAUGUAUAAAUACACACGUACAAAUGUUAAAAAAAAGCACGUUAGCGAUAAAGACAAUUUAGCGGGUACGACAUCGGGUCCAACUAUUACCAGUCAGUCGUCUUAGGAGGUAUCAGUCAAACUGCGUGUUUUUCCACUAUUUCAUAUUGUACAAUUUUUAUUGUACCGUCUUGCUUAAUCUUUCAAGUAUAAUCGGCGGCGACGAAGGAGAGUUCGCGCGCGAUUAGAUUUCAAGACGGGAACGUGGAAGGUGCAUAAAUAAAAAUUAAGGCUAACAACAUUUACACAAAACAGUACACGGUGAGGGCAAGUGGCAACAUUUAGAAUGAACUCCAUUUUGAUAACGGGCUGCAAUCGGGGUUUGGGCCUAGGUUUAGUCAAGGCCCUGAACAACUUACCGCAGCCGCCGCAGCAUCUUUUUACAACUUGCCGUAAUCUGGAGCAGGCCACUGAACUGCAAGCAUUGUCGCAAGAGCAUUCAAAUAUACAUAUACUAGAAAUCGAUUUAAAAAACUUUGAAUGUUACGAUUCGCUUGUCUCCCAAAUUGCCGACGUCACCAAAGAUGCAGGUCUCAAUGUGCUGUUCAACAAUGCCGGCGUAGCGCCCAAGUCAACACGCAUUAGUGCCACCAAGACGCAGGAGUUGUUGGACACAUUUCAAACUAACACUGUGGUUCCCAUUAUGCUGACCAAGGCUUGUCUACCGCUGUUGAAGAAGGCAUCGCAGGCCAAUGCGAAUGAAUCCAUGGGCGUGAAGCGUGCCGCCAUCAUAAACAUGAGCUCCAUUCUCGGUUCGAUUGAAUCGAACAAAGAGGGUGGCCUAUAUCCGUACCGCACCUCCAAGGCGGCGCUGAAUGCAGUAACCAAAUCGAUGAGUAUUGAUUUAUAUGUCAACCGAAUACUCUGUGUUAGUCUUCAUCCAGGAUGGGUCCGCACUGAUAUGGGUGGAAACAAUGCACCCAUGGAUGUCCAGGCGAGCACUACACAGAUUGUAGAGACAUUGUCGCAAUUUGGUGAGACGCACAACGGUGGCUUCUAUCAGUACGACGGUGCAAAGCUGCCAUGGUAAGGAAAAUGCAACGUGAAGGUCUUUGUCUAUAUACGCCUUACUUACAUUAAAUGCUUUAUAUUUAAUCGAUAUAAAACUAUCGUAAUAGCCAAAUAAAAUAAAAUACACAUAAAUAUGUUACACAAAUGGCUAAACUUAAUAAAUUGCUUGCUAUAGUCGAGAA